CUUCGAACUCUACUGAAUGCUCUCUUUCCACAACCGUUCUUCUACUGGUCUGUGGACCUGCAACCUUGAUAUUCGUGCAAAUCUGCACCUACAAAGUACGCAGCACCAACCCAUGUUCUCUAUUGACAAUAGUGCCGUGUCUUCAGCAACAUCUAUCGCGACGAAUCAAGGGCAAUCUCGGCAUCCCCAUGUGGUCGAUCACGGUUUCUCUCAAUGGAUUACAAGCAGCUAACAAGCCGCACGCUUGUACGAGUUGGGGGUGAGACUCUGGAGCAGAAAGGGCCUCAAAGGUAAUGAGCAAGAGACCGCUCAAUCGUAUACUAUGGACCACUUCACGCUCCAGCGUCAUGACGGACUAAUUGAAGAGUGCGAAACUGUUUUCCAACAAGAGAGGCAUCUUUGGAACGAAAGCACUUGCGCCUUGUUCAAGACGCAUAGCAAACAGGUUCUUAGCACUCAUGCACUAUGUAAAGUCAUCUUAUUGGGCUCAGCGAUAUCAGCUGUCGGCCUCUUGUUUGGUGGGAGUUCGUAAUACCAAGCCGGAGAAUAUAUAAUGAGAAACGAGCCCUGUGUGGAUGCUGCUCGUCGCUACAACGUCCCAGAAGACACAAGCGUUCAGCGGACAUGGGAUCGAAGAGUUCCAUUCAAGAUGACUGGGCAACCUAGAUGGUUGUGCCUCUGAUGCUCAGUACUAAUGAGCAGGCCAAGGACAACCGACAUGAAGCAUCAGGCAAAGGAAGAAUGUUCCUAGCUUGGCCAUCUUGCACAGGCGGGACUAUGUGCGUAUCAAGGGCUUGACAAUUGUGAAACUAGGCACUAUAGGCAGUGAAAGAAUGAUAAUACAUGGCUGCAAUUGAGGAUGAGGGAGGUA